AUGUUCCGCCACGACUGGGAGAUUCUAAAAACGCAGCAGGAGUCUGAGCGCACGAUAACAGUACGCUUCGGCGAUAAAACCAACAUCAAAAUCCCUUACAGCGCUUUCAAGCGCGCAUCGAAAGACCUCGCAGCGGCGAUCAAUGAUACUGAGCUCGAUCUUACGAACGAAGAGGAUGAUGAUGCCUCCCGGCUGAUGAUCUUCUGGAUCAUGGAGAAAGAGCUCCCUGGAUACUUCGCCGCGUUCGAAGACAUCGUUCCAGAGUCUGCGAUCGAUUGCUGGGUACACUGCAACAGAUACGGCAUCUCCGGUCUACAGAACUAG